UCCCCCGAACCGCCUUGUGUUCCAGACUGAUAGACUAAAAAUACCCGACGCCGAAUUUUCACCCGUGUUUAACUAUUAAGUUUACACGACGCGGCAUUCCUUCAAACCAACGCAAUUAUGAAGAAGAAAAAUUAUUACGGUAUACGUGUCUAUUUUUUUCUCGUUGUAGGAGUGUUAUUGAAUAUGUGUUGGAGAAUGUUUGUUUCUUCGUACGUGUUAGAUGCGUGGAGAUCUGUAUCCCGUAAGAUUGUGUUUGUAGUAUGAGAAAAAAAAUAGAAAAAAAGGGGAGGAAAAAAUCAUAAGUUGUCAACCGCAGGGUUACUCCAGGUAGGAAUCUUGGGCGUACCUCAGUGUGGAUCUGGUGAAGGUGGGGAGAGGGUGAGUUUGCGCUCGUCCGUGUCGAUACGCGACUGGGAACGACUUACGAACUUGGAAUUAAGUUUGGAAGUUCGGUUCUGGAAAUAGUGUGGAUAUAAACACGUGCGUUUGCCGAGUGGAGUGUGCGGAAAAAGAGAGAGAGAGAAAGGAAAAAAAAAAAAAGUGAAAGUGUUCGACAUGUGAUUCACGGAUGGAAAUUGUGUUACAAUUCAUCUACCUCAGAAUUUCAUGUAUUAUUACCAAAGAGAUUUUGUUUAUUUUGAUAUUAUUGUGUAUUUCAUUCUGGAAAAUAUUCCCGUCUCUGAAAAAGGAAAAGUAAAAGUGCGUGGAAGAAAUUUAAAUCGGUCUUUUGUGUAUGUUUAGAAGGCUUGCUUUUUCUUUAAAGAGAGAAAAUCGGGAAAGAAAAACAAAAGCGUUUGAGUUUUCUUUCUAAGAAUAAAAGAAAAAGAAAAGAAAGGAAAAGAAGAAGAAUUUAAACAAUUGAUUCUUGGUUAUUAACGAUGGAAACCACUCAGGAUGACGCGACUAGGAUCCAGAAAAGGCCAAUUAAUGACGUCAUCGCCGCGACGACCACCGAGUGAUGACGACGACCACCGCCGAGACGAUAAGAUAAGAUAAGGCGUUAAGUAGGAUGCUCCCGUAUCUCGCCGAGGGAUGCUGAGGGUGACUGGCAAAGCACUCGAAGCAACACGGUGCCUUGUUAUCGAGAGAGAGAGAUAAAAAAAUCUCUCCUUUUUUCUUUUUUUUACACAUCUAUUUUAAUUGGACGUCCGAAGAAGUGACGUAAGCUCUGACGUCACCAUGUCGCUCAACCUGACGUCACCGAACAACACGGGCGCCGUCAGACCCGACGCGUCCAACCUGCUGAUGUGCAAACAGUGGUGGCGCGUGUGCUGGGUGUACGGGGAUCAGUACAAGCAGUACAGGCACUUGUACUCGAAGAAGAGCAAGAUUAACACCCUCAGGAGCAAGGACACGAACAAGGACACGAACAAAGACACGAACAAGGACGCCAAUCGGGAAAAUGAAAAGAACGACCAUAUAUGCGAAGGAAAAGUGUGUCGCAACUGUAAAUGCCCUCGCGAGGACCACUGCGGCGGGGAGAUGGCCCCCCCAGCGUCGCUCUCCGAGGGGCCCAACCCACAGAACCCACAGCAUCACACCCACGCCCCGCAGCACCCGCCCCCCGUGCCCCCACAGCUCCAGCAGCCGCAGGAGCCGUCGAGCAAGAAGCCGGGCGUGUCGGUGGGCGGGGUGUUCGGGGGCGUGGGCGGACUCAUCACGGACCCCCAGCGCCACAGCCAGAGCGACGACGACUCCGGCUGCGCCCUCGAGGAGUACACGUGGGUCCCGCCGGGACUUAAGCCCGAACAGGUCCCCUUAUAUUUCUCCGCGCUGCCCGAGGACAAGGUGCCUUACGUGAACUCGGUCGGAGAGAAAUACAGGAUCAAACAGCUCCUUCACCAACUGCCGCCGCAUGACAAUGAGGUGCGGUACUGCAAUGGACUCAGCGACGAGGAGAAGAAGGAGCUCAGGCUGUUCUCGGCGCAGCGCAAGCGAGAGGCCCUGGGCAGAGGCUCCGUCAAACAGCUGCCUGUCAACCUGCACUCCACCAUGACCUGUGCCAAUUGCGGGGAGAGCGUGGGCGGCGGCGACAUCGUGGUGGUGGCGGCGCGGGCGGGACCCAACGCCUGCUGGCACCCCGCCUGCUUCAACUGCCACGUGUGCAAGGAGCUGCUGGUCGACCUCAUCUACUUCUGGAAGGACGCCCACCUCUACUGCGGGCGGCACCACGCAGAGAGUCUCAAGCCACGCUGCGCCGCCUGUGAUGAGAUCAUCCUCGCCGACGAGUGCACGGAGGCCGAGGGGAGGGCGUGGCACAUGAAGCACUUCGCCUGCUUCGAGUGCGACCGCCAGCUGGGGGGGCAGAGGUACAUCAUGAGGGACGGCCGCCCCUUCUGCCUCCACUGCUUCGACGCCAUGUUCGCCGAGUACUGCGACACCUGCGGGGAGCCCAUCGGCGUGGAUCAAGGUCAAAUGACCCACGAAGGCCAGCACUGGCACGCCACCGAGGACUGCUUCUGCUGCCACACCUGCCACGCCUCCCUACUGGGCCGCCCCUUCCUGCCGCGCCGCGGGGCCAUCUUCUGCUCCAUCGCCUGCAGCAAGGGCGAGCCCCCGACGCCCUCCGACAGCAACGCCAACACGCCCGUGACGCCUCAGCCGCUGACGCAGAUGCUGAGGCCAUCGACGGGGCUGGAGCGGCGAUCCUCGCUCUCGUACGACGCCUCGGACUCGACGCUGACGUCCCCGCGGGCACCACGCCCGUCGAGGCACCUCAACCACGAGUCGACGUCCGACCUGAGCGACGGGGCGUCCCCCCUCCCGGGCCGCCGCGGGAUCAAGUCGCCGCUGCCGGACGUGCAGGUGGUGUCCAAGUCGCCGAAGAUGCGGCGGCGCCCCCUGCCCACCUCGCCCCUCACGGACAACAGCGGCGACAAGAGCGACGCGACCAGCCCGCGGUCGCCCCUCCUCAGCAGAAAGCCGUCCAGCGUCACCGGGCCACAACCUCGCAUCACACGUGAUAACUCUUUCCAAAUUCGCGACAUGCAGAGGACGCGUCAUGCGCCCGCCCUCUCCAGGGAGCCUUCCAUGUCCGGCAUGCAUGGUGUGGUGCAGCCCAACAGCUUUCCUCCGCCACCUAGUGUCUCUAGUCCACGCUCACCGGGGUCCGUUUUGUCAGUCGACAACCAAGGGCAACAAAGACCCAAUGAGAACGUUGCAUCCCCCGUGUCGCCACGCUCACCACGCUCACCACGCCUGCAGUCUGCGCAUUCACCGAGACAUGAGAAUCACAGACACAAUCUCGAGUCUCCCCACGGGCCGUCAGAAGUUGGGUCGUCCAGGGUCUCUUCAGAGGUCGGAGGGUCUCGAGCGCCCUCAGAGAUCGGGUCUCCUCGGCCGGGCAACCGAUCCGUGGCCGCAGUGACUGUCGAGGAGGUGAGAGGCCAGGCGCAGGCAAACCCUCUCAUGCGCUCUCCCAAAAUGGGCCGAAAAGCCUUGCAACUCCAGCAGUCUCCAAAGGUGGGCCGGCGUGCUUUAGAAUAUAGAGGUGCGGAUGGAAGCACAGUUUCCUCCUCUUGCCAAACAAGCCCGCACUCCCCUCCUCCUCCUCUGCCAGGUCAGCCUUUGACAUCCACUCCUACAUGUGAGGAAAAUGUACCGGCGGACAAAGUGCAGCGAGGAGUUGAGCUUGUGGGGGCAGGGCUCGAUCGUCUGGUGCUAGAACGCUCCCUCGGCCGCAUUCUUGCAGAACAAGGAAUCAACCUUCUACGUGAGGUGGCUGCAACUUCUUCCCCUGGAACGCUAGAAUCUCUCUUGCAGAACUCGGAGCUCUUGUCCAAUGCUGCGCGCCGUCAGCCAUUAGACCUCUCGGCGAUGUCUGAUCUUAAUUUAGAGGCGCUCCUGGCGUCUGAAGAAGCCACCCGAGGACGUGCCUCUCCUGCCCAUGUAUCUAUGCCAGACUUGAGUCAGCAUGGGGAAUCAUCUGCCUCUACAUCUCCUUCAGCAACUCCUACCCCUGGAGCACCAAGAAAAAGCUCACUCUCUUCUCGACACAAAGACAGACACAAUCGCUCAGUCCGAUUCGAUCCAGCUCAAGUUGGCGGAGAAUCCCCAAGCCGCCAGCAUUCAACCCGCGAUCCUCGUGAUUCCUCGUCGUCGACGUCUUCAUCGGGGUCGGCUCCAACAGCACUGGAGGUGUCUCCAGCCGAGGGUUCCACCAGGAGCCGCCGCCCGCGACACCACCGAGGGAGCGGCUCCAAUGGCUUCCCAAGGUCACGUUCGUAUUCUGGUUCAGAACCCUCAGCUGCGAAUAGAACUCCCCGAAAGACACCGUCUGCGCCAGGCCUCGAAGACGCAGAUUGGGACCACGAGUCCGUGUGCUCUACUUGCUCCUCUUCUUCCUCUGAUGAAUUUGACUAUGAGCUUCCCCCAAGGAGAGCUUAUGGCGGUGUUCGUAUAAGUUAUGUGCCUAAUGAUGCCCUGGCAUACGCUAGACGGCAAGCUGGAAGUACUCAGCCACCAGGAUCCCCCUCCACUCGCAAGAGGUUCGGAGAGAAGGACAAAAACUGUAUUAUCUCCUGAUGGCUUCGUGCGCCAGUUAACUCUAGCUAUGCAGCAGCCAAGUGCGCUUAGUAGUGACAGAUUAGUGCUCUAUUUUCGUCUUGCGCUUAAUUUUUGUGGCUGCAGAGCUGCCUACCUCGUGGUUCUGGUGGCACUCUCUUCGGGAGAGAGCCAACUGAGGACCUUGCCGCACCAGUAUUGUUGGACAGUGCCACACACACCAUUUUAAAAGUAUCUUAUUCAUGGACUGUCGUAUUACAUACAACAUACAUUGAAUAUUAAGUGCUCAUUCAUGUUGAUCACCCUCAUGAUAAAAUCUCGGAGUACGGCAUUAAUGUGCACAAAGAUAGAUCUUAUUUACACCUAAAUUUAAAAUCAACAAAAGUGUUACAGUAAGUAGCAGUUUCUAAAGUGAAAAUUGGGCUGUGAGAAAAAAAAAUCAACAUCAACAUCAUCAUCCCUAUAAUAUGCAAAAAGGCCAAGGAAUGUUGCUGUGCCAUCAGUCGGCUGAACAUCGUACCAACAUACUGGCCACAUGUACUGUAGUAGGAUAGUUAGUUCAGAACCCUUCUAUAUGUAUAACUGCAGUCUAACUGAAGUGCCAAAUAAUGUCUUCCAAGACUCAACUGCGAUUAGCAAUGUGGAAGAAGAAUUUCGCUGUCUGUUGAGACAUACCUGAGUAUUAUUUAUAGUCAAUAUUACCUGAAAUGACUCACAAGAUUAAGAAAUGAUGCAAUAUUUCAUAGUAAAACAUAAUCUGCCCUGUUUAGCGGUUGGCAUCCAGAUAUUUACAUCUUAGUUACAUGUCUGCAUCGAUCGGGUGCUUGUAAUGAAUAUACUUUAUAUCUUAUUGUAGCCUCCUAUGUAUACUACGUCAUGUAUUAAUUACGUUUGCUAUAAUGGGCUACUUACAAAUCCACAACGCAAAUUUUCCAUUCGGUAUAAGUAUCGCCAAAACAGUGUUUUCGCUGAUAAUAGAGAUUUACCAACACUGGCCUAUUUAAACAGAGACUUCAGACUUACAGACACCGGAUCGUAAUCAAAAUAAACAUAGAUAAACACGGCUAGAUCCUGCAAUCUUUCAACCCGUCACUCUUAUGAAAUCAAAAUUCAAGUAUGAGCUGUUUUUUCACCUUCCUAUAAUGCGACACGUGCGCCUGCUGUACUCGACAGACCUUCCACACACAUUUCCGAAUCCCGUGGACUGGAAAAAGGUGCUACGGAUGCCGACCGAGAUGGAUGUUGUCAAACUGGUCACCAUACUUUGUCAUGUUUAGAGGUUUGACCUAAUUCUUACUUCUUUGACACGAGUAACUAAGCUUUAUCGUUUGUUAUCCUUUGUAAAUGUGUGACUAAUUUCCAGUUUUAAGUAUAUUAGGUUUAUUGUAUUCAUAUCAUCAGAGAAUAUAAGAUUUCAUAUACGCGUCAUUUAUACAAUAGUAGCAUUCAUUUUCACAAGAAUGCUAGUGAAAAAAAAAACCUGUUAAAUCAUACAUAAAAAAAUCAUCCUGUUAUGUGGCAGCUGUUGCAUAUUGCAGCUUGAUCAGGCUAUUCGUUGACACAACCCACCUCUAUAUUAGCUGCAGGACUCUCCUGUUGCGCACAUAAUUGCGACAUUUAUUCACGUCUUGUAUUCAGUAUUUCUAAUUUUUGUAUAGCAGUGUCUAUAGAGAUUCCCUAUCACUUAUUAAUGAGUGGAAAGAUCACUCAAACACUGUACAUUCAUGUAUUUAUUUUGAUUGUUGUAUAUUACUUGUAGUCUAUGCCUUUUUAUUAUUGUAAGUUCGUAGAUUAUAAAUGUGUUUAUAUUGCUAAAGCAGAAUGUUCAUAAGGAAUGUAAUAUAUGAGAAUGGCUUUUGGUUAAGGGUUUGUACAUAUAUUAAUAAAACUGUUUUCCGAU